UGAUUUUAUGGUAUAUGAAGACAGCUUGGUUUGUAAUCAAAAUGAACAUAAACCACAACGUUUUCUGACUUUUUCCAUUUCUAGCAUUUUCUAACAUCACAUUUGCUCUAGGCUUUCAAUAAACAUAUUCUUCCUGACCGCUUCUGAAAUUCUGAGGUUAAGAGGAAUAAGGAAAGAUAUAAUUAGCUUUUUCUUUCCCUUCAAUUCAACUUGGGCAGCUGUUUGUGACUUAUUACAGAGUUUUGACUUAAAAAUCCUCUUACAACCACAAGCCAGAUGAGAGGGAAAAAAAAAAAAAAAAAAAAAACCCAACCUACCUUACCUUUUCAACAAACAGGGAGGAGCAAAAGAUCAGGGAUCUUUUAUGAUAAAACCUACCAGACUCUGACAAUCUUACAAAAGAGAAACCUUAAUGAAUUUCAGAAUUUCUUUUGUGUUGAAUCUCAGAGCUGCUUUUACUUUUACUGGAUUCCAAAUGAGAGUAUACAUUUUUCUUUGUUUGAUGUGCUGGGCAAGAUCUGAGAAUAAAAGACCAUGCCUUGAAUUCUCUCAGCUAAACAUAUUGCAUUCCAUCAAAGAUUUGUUUUCUCCCCAAAUGGACAUUGUUUUGAUGAUGUAUACAAGAAACAACCCUUCCUGUGCUGAGCCACUGUUUGAGCAGAAUAACUCACUUAAUGUUAAUUUCAAUACAAGCAAGAAAACAGUCUGGAUUAUUCAUGGAUACAGACCAAUGGGCUCCACUCCUAAAUGGCUUCAGAACUUUCUAAAGGUUUUGUUGAAUCACGAGGAUCUGAAUGUAAUUGUAGUAGACUGGAACCGGGGUGCUACAACUUUUAUUUACCACAGAGCAGUUAAAAACAUCAGAAAAGUUGCUGCUACUUUGGGUACAUACAUUCAGAUUCUUUUGAACCAUGGAGCGACUCUUGAUAAUUUUCAUUUCAUAGGUAUGAGCUUAGGGGCUCAUGUGAGUGGAUUUGUUGGAAAGAUAUUUCAAGGUCAACUUGGAAGAAUAACAGGUCUUGACCCAGCUGGGCCAAAGUUCUCUGGACAGCCAUGUGAUCUCAGAUUAGAUUACACUGAUGCAAAGUUUGUGGAUGUCAUCCAUUCUGAUAUCAAUGGUUUAGGCAUUAAUGAACCUUUGGGACAUAUAGAUUUUUAUGCAAAUGGAGGAAAAAAGCAACCUGGCUGUCCCAAAUCCAUUUUUUCAGGUGUUGCAUUUAUUAAAUGCAGUCACCAGAGAGCCGUUUACUUGUUCAUGGCAUCUUUGGAAACAACCUGCAAUUUUAUUUCAUUUCCUUGUCCUUCAUACAAAAAUUUCCAUGCUGGUUCAUGUGUGGACUGUGACGACUUCAAGGAAAAAUCAUGUCCUAGGCUAGGUUAUCAAGCUGAGCUAUGGAAAGAUGUUUUAAAAGAAAGAAAAGAAAAAAGAUUUCUUAGGACCACUGUGUUUUUGGAUACUACUGGCACAAAACCAUUCUGCAGCUAUUAUUUUGUUCUCAGUAUAACUGUUCUGGAUAACAAUAUGAAAAAUGGCUGUAUUACAUUUAAAUUAUUAAACCAGCUUGGAAUGGUUGAAGAGUCAAGGGUCUAUGAGAAGAACAGAUCAUUUUAUCAACUUCAAGAAGUCAAGAUUCUUGCUCAGUUUUCAAAUGAUGUUGUAAAUAUUUCAGGCAUUGGUUUGGGAUAUUUUCAGAGCUCAAAUUGGCAAUGUUUCCAAUGUAAUUACAACAUCCACCGUGUCAUGGUACAAUCACUUACCUAUCCAGAAAGGGAACUAGCACACAUGGAAGGGAUUUUUUAGGUGCAUGUUUUGUAUGAUGUAUACCAUUUAAAGGAAAAUUCUUAUGUACCAAGGAAAGAUGACUUCUUUGAAGAGACCACCACUUUGCAUAUAUAAUUUUGUUCUUAAAGGAAAUGAGGAAUUAUUUCUCAAUCCAAGCACAUGCACAUCAGGAUUUGGUUUGUGAUUAAAGAACUUGUAAAUGGGGACAAUGUAAUCAGCAUUUCUUUAUGAAGGCAUUGUUCAAUCUGGGAUUCACAUAUUUCUACUUCCUGAAUAAAUUUUAAAAAUAAAAAAAUAUAGAAAAAUGUUAAAAUGCAUAUAGUAAAGCAUUCUGAAUAUAUUCUAAAAGCUGUUUAUCUCUGUUUACCUCAAUCAAAUGUUUAUCAUUAAAUGUUUCCCUUAAUUACUUAAUAGAUAAUAUGUCUUUAGAAAAAAGAGAAGCCUAUUGUUUUAAUACACUGUCUAAACUAUCAUUUUCUACUUGUCAAACUGCAGUCAUAAAAGAAGUAUUUUUAAUUGUAAAUUUGUCACUUGGAGAAGUCUCUUGGAUUAAUGUAAAUUUGGUAAACAUAAAUACACCUUGUGUUUAGUGAUCUAUUUGGCAUUUAGAGAUAUAUUUGAUUUAUUUGGCACUGUAAAUAAAUUUAUUUCUAUGGAGCACA